AUGACUAACUCCAUACGAUCCGAGUCUUUAUCACUCAAACUAUCUGGCCACAACACCCAAACAUUCCAUCUCAGUGGUACUGACAGCCAACCAGAUCUCGAGAAGGGCGAACCAACUCCCGUGGCAGUCAUAUCGGAGGCCAGACCCGAGGUUUUCAAAUCUGGGUUACAGGAGCUCACGGUCGUGAUUAUCUGCACCUUUGCCGUCGCUGCUGUCUCCCUUUCCAGCGGGUGUUACCAAAUGUCUCUACUGAGUGUGGGCACAUAUUUUGACGUCAACGGUGGACAGCUAACCUGGGCCAUUGGGUCCAACAGUUUGGCCGUCGGGGCGUUUCUUCUUCUAUCGGGUGGAAUUGCCGAUGCCUUUGGUCGCAAGAACUCCUUGAUUGUGAGUAUGUUCCUCUACUGUGUGUUCAACUUGAUCACCGGCUUUAUGGAAUCGUUCAUCUCACUUUGUGUGAUGAGAGCGCUAAUCGGGGUCGUCAUCUCUACGGCCACUCCCGCUGCGGCAGGUAUCUUGGGGAGUAGUUACGGCCCCAGCAAGCGCAAGAACAGAGUAAUGGCCUGCUUUGCGGCUGGUGCCCCCUUGGGUUUUAUCGGUGGUUUGGUGGCGGGUGGGAUUGCGGCCCAGUUCUUGAGCUGGAGGGCUGUGCACUACUUUUUGGCCAUCGUAUACAUAAUCUUUGUGGUGUUGAUCUACUUUUUGGUGCCCCAAGAUAAGACGUUGAAUAAGAAGGAAGUGCUCCAUCAGUUGAAAGCCUUGGAUUACACCGGUGCCUUGUUAAUCGUCAGCAGUUUUACCCUCAUUGUCUUUUCCUUGACCCAAGUGGAUGUCACGCAGGAGAAGUGGAACACCCUGUACAUCAUCGCGUGCCUCGUGCUUGGGAUUGCCAUUCUUGGAGGCUUUGUUGCAUACGAAAUUUACAUCCCUGAAAACCCGUUAUUGGUGGUGGAGUUAUGGCAGAACCGCAACUUUGUCCUUGCCGUUGUAUGUAUCGGCUUCUGUUGGAUUGACUUCAACUCCAUCGUUACCUAUUACGGUACGAUGUACUUCCAGUAUGUCAAGGGCUACUCCCCGCUUCACACAACCGUGGUGACCAUUCCAAUGAGUAUCACAGGUAUCCUUGUGAACCUCUUUGCCGCCUUCACCUUGCAUAUUAUCCCUGGCCGUUUCCUAAUGAUCUUUGGAAUCUUUUGUUUCCUUGCAUCGUGCCUUAUUUGGGCCACCAUGGAUUACUACAGGACCUACUGGACCGGUCCUUUCAUCUGCUAUGUCCUUGCGGUCAUCGGGGGUGAUUUAUGCUACAAUGUCGUCAACAUGGUGGCUCUUUCCUCGGUUUCCAAUGAUUUACAGUCGAGAGCAGCCGGUACCUUCAACACAUUUAUCCAGCUUGCUGCGAGUAUUGGCUUGGGGGUCUCUUCCGCCAUCGUCAGUGCCAAAUAUCCUGAAAUUGGCACGCCCGAGGGUUACGCCAACACCCACGGUUUGUUUGAUGCGUAUAAGAAUGCCUACUGGUUUGGAGCUGGCUGUGCGGGUGCCGCUUUGGUAUUGUCUCUUUUCUUGAAGGUUGGCACCGCUGGUGACCAGAAGGAUGCCGAUAGAGACGCCAGAUUGCAAACCAGGGCCGAGCGUGAAAAGGGGGCUGCCAGUGAGACCGCCAGUUUCUAA